UCUUCGUAUUACUACUCUGUUUCAAACCCAAACCACUUCCUCUCUCUAGGGUUUCCAAGGGAAAACUUUCAGAGAACCCCAGAGGGCACCCCACCCUAACAUUAAUUGUAAGGUUCUUGCAACUCACACAACAAGUUUACUGCGGUUAUUUGAUUCACGUGAUUCAAUUUUGUUUUCCGGGGAACAAAUAAAAGACAGGAAAGCAGUUUAUUUUAGCGGUUCCGGAGACGUUCUGGAUCUUCAUUUUGAUGCAAUUUCUACUUUGAUUUCAUGUUUCUGUUCACGGUGUUUUGGUAAAUGCUGAAUGAUUGCUAGUAUGGACUUAAAUGUUUCGCCAGUACCUGAAGAUGAUGAAGAGACAUAUGAAAGACAUAUAGAACAUUACUCUGCACCAGAAGAACAUAUAGAAUCUGGAGUUGAAAUUUCACGGCGGGAACGUGAAGAAAGACGAAAGAGACUUAAAAGAGACCGAUCAGAUGACCGUCCAGUGCAUGUCUCUCAGCCUCCUGUAAAUGAACACUUUUAUCAAACUAAGAAUUUCAGGUCUUAUGAUAAAAGUAGGCUCCCUCCUGGUUGGCUUGAUUGUCCUUCAGCUGGUCAGGAAAUAGGCUGUAUUAUUCCUUCUAAGGUUCCGCUUGGUGAGGCUUAUAAUGACUGUAUUCCUCCCGGUAAAAGAUACUCUUUUAAACAAGUGAUUCAUCAGCAAAGAGUUUUAGGAAGAAAGCUUGGUUUGGUGAUUGAUUUGACAAACACAUCUCGUUACUAUCAAACUACAGACCUGAAGAGAGAAGGCAUUAAGCAUGUAAAGAUCCAAUGCAGGGGAAGAGAUGCUGUGCCUGAGAAUGUGGCUGUAAAUACCUUUGUUUACGAGGUACUUUUACUAUGA